UUCACUUUUUUCUGUCAGUUGAUAGAAAGCUAUACAUUUUUGUGUUCUGUGUUAGAAAGUUCAAUGUUGAUGUUUUGAUUCCAGUGACCUUAAUGUUUAUUGUAUUUUAAAUAACAAACUCACGUUUUCAAUAACAAUGUCUACCUCAGCUCUUGCCUCGUUGACGGCGACUUAUACAGACUCCGAGGGCGAAGAUGCUGAUGAAAAGCAUCCAAAUGAAGAAAGUCCCGAAAAAAGCAGCUCCAAGUCACCCCCGUCCAAUAAUUCUGAUAACAGAAGCGUGAAUUCGUCGAGGCCAACGAGUCCUACUAGUAGCGUUACAGUUGCCUCAAGGCUCACCAAAUUGGUAUCCUACCAUGAUGACACUAUCGCCUCUGAGGAUGAGAAUGAGGUGGAAGAUGAUAUUCCCCAGCAAAUAAUUUAUGUUAAUGAAUCUGAUAAGAGUCAAGAAGUACCAAUGGACCUUGAUGAUGAUGAACUACUAAUUCCUCCAGAACCCCCAGGAAGCUGUUCAGCAGAACUUCAGGAUAAAAUUAAUAAAUUAUAUGAAAAAAUGCAGACACAACAAAUGGAUAUGAAUGCUGUAAUACAAAAAAGAAAAGACUUCAGAAAUCCCAGUAUAUAUGAGAAACUUAUACAAUUUUGUGGACUGAAUGAAUUAGGUACCAAUUAUCCACCAAGCAUAUAUGACCCUUUAAAAUGGACCAAAGAAUCUUAUUAUGAAGAACUAGCAAAGGUUCAAAAGGCAGACAUGGAUCGACGGGAGAAAGAACGAAAAGGUAAAAUAGAAUUUACUGCAGUUGCCAAAAAGUCCUUAGAAGAUGAGAAAAAUAAAAGAAAAUCAAAAUGGGACAUGCCCGGUGGCGGCGCUGUAAAGAUAAACCAACCGGGACUAGUGGCUCCUCCUACCUUAACGACUUCAGCAACUGGAACUAAAAGUACGGUUAUUUCUGCUUUUGGCAACUUGAAAAAGUAGAUUUGCUUUGGUACUAAUUUGUGUGUUUCAGAUGGGAGUGAGGGUCGAUGAGGCAGGAGAAGAUGCUACUUUAUUGUAGCUCUAUUGUUUUUUUUUUGUAAAAAUGUUUUAGGUUUUAGGUAUUAAAGGAUAUAUUUGUUUAAAA